UGACGAGGUGCGCAACAUCGUCAACCUCAACGAGACCGAGAAGGCCGUCGUCGAUGUCGCCACCGCCGACGACGAUAGCGACAACGGCCUCCACACGGUGACCGAGUGCGAGAUGUUCAUCAUCCUCGUCGCGGUCUCCAUCUACUGCAUGCCCACCAUCCUGCUCUACGGCGUUCCCCCCGUUUUCGCAGUCAUCAGUCGCCUCCCUAUCAUCGACGUUCUCGUAGACGACAUCCGCAGCGAAUUCGCCAAUCCGCGACUCUAUAUGAUCAAGCUCAUGUACGUUCUGGCGGGGCUGUACCUUGCCGAAGAGACACUGCUAGGACCCCUCUUCGGUGAUCCGCUUGUACGCAUCCGUUGGUUGAUGGAGCACGGGUGGAUCGACACUAUGUUCCUGGCACAGGACUUCACGGUCUUGUAUCUGUGGGCAUGGUGGAAGCUGGUGGUCCCGACAGAACGGGCACGGGCUUUGGACGAGAUGGGCUUGGCCAAAGUACCCAUCUUUGAGGAGUGGGUUCUGCACAAUACGGACGGCGGGGCUCAUCGACGGUGUUCGGAGACGGGCGGUCUCUCUGGGCCCUGGGCACGCAAGGUCCUGAAAUCGUUUGACAAGGUAUACGACGUGCUGCUGUAUGACGAGAAGGGCAUCGCUGCAGUCUUCGUCCAGCCGGAGACGACUGUGCUGUUCCGCGACCUUGACUGAGCCGCAGGUGUCCUACGUCGCAACACGAACAACUGAAUGUAGUCCUCGGGAUCCUUUCCGACGACGAUAGGGAUGAAGGCCCGUCGCGGCGGGUCCAUCUACACGAUGAUACGACGCGCUUCGGCGUUAUCGUACAUCCUUCUUCAAGUUCCCGAUGACUUGACAGCUCUUGUCACCGCCUGCCUAGGUUGUAUAUCGAGUCGGGUACUCGUAGGACACGCUAAGCACGCGAUUGACGGUUGGGCUUCUGGUAUUCGGACGGUCUUUCUUGUACACGGUGAUCUAUCGAUUUGUACAGCCUGUUUGUUCUUGAAAAUACCAUCAUCAUGUAACACCUGGCACAGAACAAGAAUUUUGUGUGAGUCAGCAGAGCGGGGUGAAGUUGCGUUUUGCACAGUGCGUCCUAUCGGCACGGCUCUG